AUGACACUCAAAGUUGGCUAUAUUCCCGAGCAUUUCUCGACACCAAUUGCUUUCGCGGCUAAGUAUGAUUAUUUUGGUGAAAAUGGUUUGACAAACGUCCAACUUAUCCCAUAUCCGAGUGGAUCGGGACAUUUGAUUAGCUCUCUUAAGACUAGAGAGAUUGAUAUUGCCAUCGGACUUACAGAAGCCUUUGUCAGAGGUCUAUGUCAAGGUGAUGGUGGCGAUUAUCAAAUCUCUGGAGAAUACGUGGAGUCUCCUUUAUGCUGGUCUAUUUCUAGUGGAAAUGGUAGAGAAGAUGUCAAUAAAAUAGAGGACCUCGAGGGUAAAAGAAUUGGAGUAAGCCGAAUUGGAUCGGGCUCCUACAUCAUGUCAUACGUUUUGGCACUUGAACAGGAUUUUGGUAAGAGUACGUUUGAAUUCAAGAUUCUUGAGAAUUUCGAAAAUUUGAGGAACUCUGUCAAUAAUCGUUCAACAGAUGCGUUCAUGUGGGAAUACUUUACCACCAAGAAAUACUACGAUAGCGGGGAACUCAAGAAGAUUGGUGAGAUUUACACUCCAUGGUCCUCAUGGGUAAUCAGUAGCUCGACUUCCAAAGAUGUUCAGGAACUGGUUCCAAUGUUUUUGAAAUCGAUUCAACAAGGAAUAAAUUAUUACAAUGAGCAUGAAGAUGAAGCAUUAGAUGAUAUCUUGGAGAACUUGGACUAUAAUUCAAGAGAUGACUUGAAAGAGUGGGCUAAAAGAGUGCAGUUUACAAAAGAUGUGACCAAAAUUUACUUCAAUAAGAAUAUUAUCAAAACCAAGGAUGUCCUAAAGACCGCCGGAUUGAUCACAGAUGAUGACAGUGUCGUGUUGAGAAGAUUGAAACAAGGCGUUCGUAGUGAAAUGUAA